GGGGACCCAAAAUGGAACGAUUUCUCCAUGGCUGUGUGAAUUUCUUUGAUAUUGGAUUAAGUGGAUUUGUGGUUUUCAAUUUGAGUUGAACCGACAUCCGUUGACAGUGACUCUGAGUUGAUUCUCUUGGCUCUCGCCUCUCUCGCUCUCCCGUCCAAGUAAUGACAGUGUGUAUGUGGAACAGUGGAUCGUAGAAUGGUCCGCGAGAGGUGUCGUGGUCGAGUCGGAGGAGGAACAUCAGAAAAGUAAAUCGCUCGCUGCGGAAGAGUGGGAAAAGGAAUCGACGCUAAUUUCUAAUUUUUCCGUUUCCCUUUCUGUUGGCUUUAUCGUUGUUGAAAUGUGAAGAUUGGGUGCAAGUCGGUAUGAAUUACUGGUGGAAAAACGGAAGAGAGGGCUGGUCGGAUGAGGAAGAACGAUAGGCAGGAAAAUCGUGGAGAAGUAAUGAUUCAAUUGUGGAGUUGGUAACAAGUUGAAAGAGGUUGAACUGGAGUUGAACGGUUGGGAAAGGGGAAAGGAGGGCAGGAGGAGGAGGAGUGUGACGGUUACUAGCAGUGCCCGUCUACUUGCCUCCUGUGCGUUGAGUUGUUACAUUCGGGUUGGAAUCGUCGCUCUGAGGGAGGUCCUUUCGUUGACUCGAAAGAAAGUUCCCUGUUUGGAUGACACGGUUGCUGGCUCAUUGGCUACCGUGAUCUGCUUCAAAGUGAAUCGGCUUUCCGGAUGUGGCACAAACUGAUCGUUUCUGGAUAUUCCCAUUAGUAGUUACCCCCGGAACGGAAGUAACGAAAGGGGAACUAGAAGUCACGUGAGGCGUUUCUUGAUUCUUGGUAUUUAGUUGAAAAUGGUUUCAACACGUCAAAUGAGCACAAUAGCGUCCCAAGGGACGCCUUGCGAGGAUACUUGCACCCGAAUUUCCGUAAAUACCAGACAAUCUAACCAGGCACUGUCUGGCAUGACAUGUCCAUCGUCAUCUUCAAAAAUCUCACAACCUUGUACAAGUGUUGUUCUAUCAUCUUCGCUAAUGCAAUCAAGAAACCACGGUAGCGUUGAAGAUGGCGAUGUUCGGCGCUCAUCAACUCAACGUGAAACGUUAACUCUUUUCGAUCUACCCAUGGAGAUUUUAGAUAAGAUUUUCUCCUACGUAGGUUACAAGAAAGUGGGUCAGUUGCGAGUGGUUUCAACGCAAAUGAAUCAGAUUUGCAGUGCCAUUUUGAAUUCAACAUUUUCGAAAUUACAAACGCAAAUGCUGACUCGUUUUCAGACAGUUAAAGGAAAAAUGCCGCGGCGUGAAUCAGCUCGACGGAAUCAUCCCUUAGCAUGCGAGUGUGACAUUAUUGAAACCUGUUAUAUGAGACUCUCUUUACUGCAAAUGACUUUCGGCAAACAUAUCGAAAGGAAGCAUUGUUGUUUCUUUCCUGGAGGGAUAUUGGAUGAGGUUUACAACGUUUUGAAUUAUAUUCGUACCACGCCAAAGCUGGAACGGCCGUUUAAGGUAACUGACGAACUAUUUGACCUAUCUACUAUGGCGAUGGAAUAUUUUAAGGAGCAUAUAGAGCCGAACCUUCCCAAAAUUGUCUACUUUAGUAAGGAUUUUAUGAAUUUUACAUGUAAUUAUAAACUUUUCACGGCUUUUAUGCAUAUUCUAAAAUUCAUUAUUAAUUAUUUAUUAACAGCAAAAAGUAAGCAAACGUAUUCGUUGAAGACGACAUCAGAUUUAUCGGAUGAUUCGUCUCAAAUGUCGUCACCUCCUCAAAGCAAUAUGGUGUUACGAAAAGGUAUUCGUAAAAUCAAGCAAGGAAUGAAAAUGUACAACAAUCAACUUACGGUGUUGCGAAACGAACUGCGUAACUGUAAACGAAAAUCAUCGGAACAGGGCAAGCAGAUAGCAGAGCAACAAAAGCUUUUGGCUGACCAGCAGAAACAAACCUUGGAAUAUGCUAAUCGUUUGGAUGAAAAUGAUAAAAAGAAUGAGGAAAUGUCACGUAAAUUUUCGACGCUAUUACAAGAAUUAAACAAGUGCAAAACCGAAUUACAAUACUGGCGUUCAAAAAGUCCUGCCAUACAAGUAUGCACCUCUUGCGGUCAGAAAAUCGCACCGGUUACACCGGAAGAUUUUCAAGCGCUUAUCAAUCAAGGAGUAAAUCCAGAAGAUCUAGGUGGCGAUGAAAUUGACGAAAGCGAUAUUGCAAUGGAUGCGAAUUUAGAUGACAAAGAGAAACAAGAUGAUGCAGUAACUUUCUCAAAGCCAAUGCCCAGAGCAUUAAAGCGUCGACAUGAUGACAAUAGCAGUAGUGGCCGCCCGCAAGGAAUAACAUCUACAAUAACGUCAAAUUCUUUGAAUGCAACACCCAGCGACGGCGGCGGUGACAUCUUCACCCUAGCAAUGGGCAAUUUCAAUUCCGAUCUCAACGUCCUCGGACCAUUAACAAACCUUAAUGUGAAUCAGUGCAGUUUAGAAGCUAGCAUUGGAAGCAGCGACGAUGGUGUAGCUCGUUGCGAUACGAACGAUAACAAUGUUGGUCCAGUUACUUCAAUUAGCAGCAAUCCAUCCACAUCGUCCUGUAUCGUAACCGAUUUAACAUCAUUACAUAGUGAUAUAAAAAAGGCACGCAGAGUACAAAAUAAGGGUAGUAGGUGUCAUAAUGUUAGUAGCAAGCGCAGCAAGUAAGUAUAUUUAUAUAUAAAUCUAUAAAUACAAAAAAUUUGCAUAAAAGUAAAGUGGAAAAUAGAAAAAGGAAAAUGAAACAAAUCAGAAUGUAAGAGAAAAACACAAAGCAUAACUUUAAUACAAAACAAGAAAGAAAAGAAAUUUCUAUUUUUAAUUAUAAAUGAAAAAAGUAUUGUAAGGAAUAAUAUACAUUACAUACCGUGAGAACACAA